GUUUACAAACAUGGCGACUACCAGUCAACCUUUCAAACAAUUUUCUUGUUCGUCCUGUGACUUUGUCAUAGAUUAUCAUUAUAAAGGUAGAAAACCUGCUUUCGCAAAGUGUAUUUUGUAAGUAACUCCGUAUAUUUCUUUUUAAUUGGCUCAAAGAGUUCAUAAUUUGUAAGUUUUUUCUUCUUCUUCUUCUAUUAGUAAAUAUAAUUAUAAUAAAGGGCCCACGAUCAAUUUAUUGAUCAUUUUGUUACCAAAAUAAAUUAUUAAAAUAAAACGGGCUGUAUAGUAAUAAUAGUAUGUAUUAGUAUUAGAAUACUAUAUUAUAAUUUAAAUGGGUAUAAAUGAUAGUUAAGUAUAUAAUGAUAGUAUAGUUAAGUUUAGUCAGCAAGCAAAUUCGACUUUUUCUUUUAAAUAUAAAAUGUGGCAAUAUAGGCCUAACCAAUAUCCACACUGUCCACACAUACACUGUCAAAUACAACUAGUUAAAAUUUGCUUAAAUUUACUUAAUCCAUACCACUUAUUUCCCAAGGCCGCCAUCUUGGUUGCCAUGAUGGCACGUAUCAUGACAACCAAGAUGGCGGUGUGCAAAAAACAAACAAAAAAAAGUAGUGCAAACACACAUCUGCUAAAAUGCUGAGGGGAAAGAGAAAAUGUGCAGUUUUAGCUACCUUGGCUAAUCCUAGUUACGAUUGCCAUGACUUGUUUUCCAGGGAGUGACUUCCCUUUGUUUAUUUUUACUAAAUUAUUUUAGGGAUUGAUUUAGGGUUCAGGUUAGGCAUAGGGAUCGAUUUAGGGUUUCAGGUUAGGCAUAGGGAUUGAUUUAGGGUUUCAGGUUAGGCAUAGGGAUCUAUUUAUGGUUCAGGUUAGGCAUAGGGAUAGAUGACUUCACGUGACGUGUUAACCAAGAUGGCGGCCAUUGAGAAAGUAGUGGCUAUCGUAGUCAAAAUUUACCGCUACCUACAAAGAGAUACUGAAAUAGGAACUAAACGUUAAAAUUUAAUGGUCGUCUCCUUUCCUGGUGUAAUUUCAGCCGGUACAUUAAUUUUGUAGUAAAAGUAGCAACUUCAUUGUAUCCCUCAAGAUAUGCGGCAAGAAUUGUCAAUGACCUGCGUUCUCUCUCUUCCCUCAAAUAAAACAUGUGUGAUACAAAAUUUAGUCUUAAUUUAAAUCUCAUUUUCAAAAUUAUAAUUAACCACCCAUUGAAAUAUUAAUUUAAAAGAUUCCAUCGGCAUAUUAAUAUUUUUAUAAAGACACGUUAACUCUAGUAACAAUCCAAGAAUAAACAAAAGGGAGAGAAUCCUACAGAACCUCAAAAUGGCGCAGAUUAGGGAUAUUGACACAAAUUGUUAAACAAGUCAGCUGAUACUAAAUUAAUCCUGUUUUUUUUUAACCGCUCCAUUUUCUGCGGGUUGCUAUGAGCUAUGCUACUAACCUGUCAAUUGAUGACAAAGUAUGCACGUUGAUUAAUAUAUGAUCAGAUUGUUUCUGUAUAUUCCCAGCCCACAAUAUACUGCAACUCUCAACAAAGCCUUGAAAAUUUUACUUGGUAGCAUGUGGUCACAGAAAGUUGAAAAUGCAAGUAACUAAUCUGGAGUGUGAACAUACCUUGAGGGUCAAACAUAAAUGACAUCACAAUAUUUUGGCAAAUUUUUACACCCUUCCCCCUUUAUUUCCUAUAGUCAAAAUGGAAAAUUAUGCACAUUCGUUACACAUCACCACUAAUAAUGAUGUUAGUGAUAUGAUACUUUUGAAAUAUAAAAAUAAAUAUAUAUCCACAUACCUUUUGCACUGAAAUAAUUAAAUAUAGAUCUAAGUCUUUUUACUUACAUACACUAUAAUUAUUUUUAAAAGUUUGGUUCUUAAAAAAAAUUAUUUUCUUUAGUCCCGCAUUGCUUCUUCUGGCUUGUUAUUUUAUGGAGUUGGCUUAUAAAUGAACGGACUUAUGAAGGAGUAUAUAAGGUACUACUAAUAAUACAAACAAUACGUGUAAUUUGAUUUACUAAUUUAGUGAUGAUUUUUAGGGGUGUGCCGGACCCCGGUCCGGAAUCCGGUUCCGCCGGAUUUUGCACUAUCCGGUGAAAUCCGGUUCCGCCGGAUUUACAUGUAUCCGGAACAACCGGAUUCCGGAAUAUACCGGAUUUCGGAAUUUGCCAGAUUUUGUGACUCACCGGAUCAUAAUCUGAAAUAAAAGUAAUUCUCUUUCCCGAAUUUCACACGAUCACGAUACAUUAAUCGAUUGUUUCGAGCGUUGAGCUUGUUUAAUGUUUAAUAUUCCGUACAUACCAGAGGCUAGAGUCAGCACCGCUAAUAGUGGCCAAUAGUGUAUGGACUUUGAUAAGAAAAUGUAAACUUUUUGUAAAAAUAAACCAAUGGCAUAGUUGAAAAGAUGUAAUUUUUUAAAGAAUUAUAACACCAAAAUCAUAUUUUUAGCUGUUGUAGUUUUAAAGUUAUGAAUUUUUAAAGUACGACUUGGUUUGUCAUUUUUUAACAUGGACUGCAUCUCCACAUUCUGUGAUCUCAUUCCACCAAUCCCGUCAUGCGCAAUGACUAUAUAGUUUAUAUAAGGCAACGCAUUCCCUGCCUUAUCACUAAAAUACUGUUUAGACUUAGUUUAAACUUUCAACUUUGGCACAUGAAUAAUUAAUUAAAGCUUUCCCUGACCAAUGGUUUAAUAGUUUUUGCACACGGCAAACUCUUAUGAAUGAAACUCUGAGGUAGUACUACGAUACAGUUAUGCAAGUGGCUGUGAAUGGUUGCCAAUGACAACGUGUUGCACACGGUAAAUUCUGAUCAUUUAUAAUAUGGAUUCUACCGGGUUGUUAAAGCUCAAAUUAAAACAUUCCAGUUUAAAUGUCUUUAAAUGCAUUCUGAAACACAAGUUAUCAAUUAUUUUGAUGUAAAUAGUGAUAAUAAAUUAAUAUUUCCUAAGUAUCGUCAACUUCCGCCAUUAAAAAGGGGGGCGUGGCCAACCCCAUGGCGAAAUUAGGUUGAGCGAGCUGCAUAACCUGCUGCGAACGCGUAGAAACAUGGCGUCUCUCGUAAGACACUUAUCCAAAUGGAACGGAACUCAAAUAUAUAUCGAAAGUACUAAUUUAAUAAUAAAUAGACACACACAUCGGAAAAUUAAAAACUCGGAUUUUUUGGCGCCGAUUGCGAAUUCCCAUACACAAAAAGUAGUAGUCCACCUUGACUUACCGAAGUAUCUACCAAUAGUACCAAAAUCCGGAAUCCGGGAGAAACCGGUAUCCGGAUCCGGCGGAUUUCGCAUAAGAAAAUCCGGAUCCGGAUCCGGUUGGAAAAAACGGAUCCGGCACACCCCUAAUGAUUUUAUUUUAAGGUAAAUCACAUAUAAUUAAAUUUGAAUUUAUCUUCAUAUAGAUCUCUUCGUGUCUUAAUUAUUUACUUGUUACUUAUAAAAAUAUAUAUAUAAACUCUUUGAUUUCAUUUAAAUGCUUAAUUAUAUAUAUAAGAAUGAGCUAUGCUGACAUAACGCCAAAGAACCAAAAAUAUGUAGGUACGUUCGGAUUCUUAAAAACAAUUAUUGUUAUUUUCUGUUAUUUUACGGAAAUCUAAUCAAUUUAAAUGCGCUAAAAAAUAUUAUAUAUCCGCUUUCAUUUUAGUAAAAGUUUUGGUAUUAUUAUUAUAAUUUACAAAUUACAUAUAAAGUAACAGCUAUAGAACUAUUUUAAGCAUUUUAUCUGAAUUUAAAAGUUAUUAAAACAAUUAUUAAUUAAAAAAAUUAUGAUCUCAGAAUUGCAUCAAUAUCACAUUUAUGGGGAAACUCCAAACAUCUGUUAUUUUAGUGCGUUUUUAGUGCGUUGUUAAUAUUGCGAAAUAAAAAUAACAUUAAUGUUAUUUAAAUAAAUAUGCAAAUGACGUCAUAGCGUAAAUUGCCUAUUUUAGCCAUAGCUCUAAAUUUCUUGGAUUUAAUAACCCUGCGUAAAAAACUCAUAAUGUAUUUUCCCCUUCUUAAAAAUAAAAUUAAUAAAUAUAAUUGAUUGCUUUUUUAAAUUGCAAAAAUUUGCUAAAAUUAAAUACAACUUAAGCUUUGUAUUUUCAACAUUUAAUAGGUUUUUACUUUUUAUUCAUUCAAAAAAAAUAAUACGAUACUUUCAUGUGCACAAGGCAGCACGAGAUACACCUCAGAAUGAAAUUGAUAAAUAAUUAACCUUCUUAGGGGGGUUUGGAAAUAGGGUGUGUACAUUUUUACGUGGAUGAGAAUAUAUUUAAAUCCAGUGAUAUUACAGUUGUGAAAAAUAGAUGCUAUAUUCUCAUUUUACCAAUUAAGAAAUCAAUGACUUUAACAAAACAUAAAAAUACAUUUAAAUAAUUAUACCCAUAAAUAUCAAAACUUAAUCACACGAGUGAAAAUUUAAUUUUCAAAAUAGAGAUGGGUUAAGAUUUUUUAGAUAGAUAUAUAAAUAGAUGAUAGAUCGAUCGAGAGACAGAUAGAUAGACAGAUUAGAUAGAAGGAUAAAUGGAUGUAUGGAUAAUAAUAAUACUAAUAAUAAUAAAGUUUAUUUAAAAAAUACACUUCAUCCCCAAAGGCUCGAAGCGCGGUACAAAGUUAAAAGAAAAAAACAAACAAACAAACAAAAACUAUAAUUUACCACAUAGAUAGAUAAGAUAGACAGACAGACAGGCACACAGACAGACAGGUAGAAUGCUUCCUUGAAUUGUUGCGCAUAGUAUCUUUUAUUCGGUAAACUAUAUCUAUACAUAUAAAAAUUCAUGUAUGUAUGUAUGUCUCGUAUGCGCUCCUAUACCAUUCAUCCGAUAGCUAAAAAAACUUUUGUGAGUUGUUGUACACACACCCGCAAAUGUUUCUGAAAUAUCAAACACAUCUUACUAUAUACCGUUUUGGGCCCAGGGCCCUAAAUUCUUUUUUUUUCUCCUUUUAUGAGCUAAAUAUAAUUUCUCUAUGUGUUCCUACACCAUUUAUCUGAUUGCGAAAAACUUUGGUAACUUGUUUUGCAUGCGCCUGCAAAUGUUUCUGAAUUAGGUUAUCCAUUUUGAAAUAUUCCUUUUGGGGCCAGGGGCCCUAAAUUAUUUUUUUCUUAUAUGAGCUAUAUAAAUAUAAUUUCAAACAGAGCUAUUGCAUGGGUGGGCAUAGGUGGAUGGAUUUGAAUCAAAUACAAGAGACAUUUCAGUUUGUCUGUGACAUAAUAAGUAGGUUUCUGAAUUAGUACAACCACUUUACAAUUUAAUUUAGGGGCCGGGGGGGCCUUGAUUUUUUUUUUAUUAUGUCAGCUAUAUAAAUAUAAUUUCAAACAGAACUACUGCAUGAGUGGAUCAAUCGCUACAAAGUGUGGGCUAAAUUGUGAAAAUCCAAGCUUCUCACGUGGACAGCUGUAUGUUGCCUGCUCACGUGUCCAAAAAGCGUCUAAUUUAUUUGUGUACGCACCAGACGGAAAAAACAAAAAUAUUUUCUAUUUAAAAAUUACUUUUAAAAAAAGUAAUUAAAAAACAAACACAUUUUUUCUUUGAGUGGCAUUGCAGCUCAUGCCAGGUUCUUGCUGGUUAAUAAUAAUCAAAUAACUAAAAGGAUACACUAUGAAUUAUAUGCAUGAUAUAUAUGAGAAUAUUUAGAACAUUUUGCUUGGCAACAUGAACAAAAUGUUGAUAAGACAUGUAAUAAAUAAUGAUUAAAGGCUAAGUAGAAGGAAAAACAUAGGUGACAUAUAGCCAAAAAAAUAUUUUCUUCCUAAAAUUUAUAGAUUGGCAAAAGCUACAAAAUCUAUCUCUUCAGUUAGACAUCUCUCACUAUUAUAAUAUAAAAAUACUAGAAGAUGUUACCUAAUGUUACCCAUGUAAUAAGGGAAAGCAAUUUAAACUACACUCUACCUGUUAUAGUCUAUCAAUGAGAUGUAUUUAUUAUUUAUAAAUGUAGUGACUGUGUUGCCUCUGGCAACUUGUGACUAAGCUGAGUAAAAAUUUGAAUGCAUAUGUUGUAACUUUUUUUUUUUUGUAUUAUACAAUUAAUUUGAGGUGUGUUCUUUUUAUCAUUAAUUAAGUAAAAUGAAUUUUUAAUGAUCUUUUUAAAAAAAAUUGGUUAAGAGUUUCAUUUUUUUUUAUCACCAGUACUACCUUAAGUAUGUGUAAAUAGUAGGACUAUGGAAAGGACCCUGACAUAAUAAAAAAAAAAUCAAGGCCCCCCCGGCCCCUAAAUUAAUUUAUAUAAAUGCAUAAUCUUAAUUGAAUAAAAAGAAACUUUAAUGUGACCUUUACCUUUACUUGAUCAUAAAAAAAUUAUACAAUUACAAGAGAUAGUAAGAAUUUUAAAAAUAUGCAAAUGAGACCACCUAAAAUUAAAUAACAUCUUUUUGUCCACUCUCACAAAUUUGUCACAAAAUAUUGACACCCUUCUAAUAAUCAUCAAAAAUUUGUGAUGCUCCCCCCCUAGAUGAGUGACAUCAUUUAUAGAUGGCCCCAAGAUCAUUGAUGCAUUAUUCUCGAAAUAGUACAUUCUUUGUUUUCUUUUCUUCUUCCUCUUAUGCCUUUUUAUCCCAUCUGGGCACAAGAAUUUUCCAUUCAUCGUGCUCCUGUGCUUGCCUUUCCAGUUGCUUCCAGGUGUAUCCCACAUUUUACGUGUCUGGCUCUAGCUCACGUCUCCAUGUAUUCUUUGGCCUUCCUCUCUUUCUUUUUCCCUGUGGAUUCCAUGUUAGAGACUGUCUGCUGGUGCUCUUUGGGAGUUUUUGGAGAGUAUUCCCUAUCCACUUCCAUCUUCUCUUUAUGAUGUCUUCAUCAAUGGGCACCUGGUAAGUCCUUUCUAGUGAUCUUUUUUAGUGAUGGUAUUUGGCCAUUUGAUGUUCAGGAUCUUUCUAAGGCAUAUGUUUAUGAAGUUCUUUACUUUCUGCAUAAUGCUCGCUGUUGUUUUCCAAGUUUCUGCUCCAUAUAGUAGAACUGUUUUGACAUUAGUGUUAAAGAUUCUGACUUUGGUUUGCAGCUUUAGCUCCUUCGACUCCCAUAUUUUCUUUGAUAGCACAAAUGCUGAUCUAGCUUUUCCAAUUCUGACCCUUACAUCCGCCUCGGAUCCGCCAUUUAUGUCAAUGGUGCUGCCUUUUUUUUAAGUAACCUAAAUUUUGAUGUGUGUUUAUUGUAAGUAUUAAAUCAUAUUUUUAAAGGUCCUUGUAUUUUUAUUAUUACAUAUAGCUUUACAUAAAUAAAUACAUCUUUUUUUUAUUUUAAAUAGACUUCAUGAGGAUUGUUUUAUUAUGAAGGAUCCUUUUUCCACAUCAGGAGGAUUUAUUAAUGUUGGUGGAAUGUGUUCGCUGUGUGGCAGAAAUGUUUGCAUGUCAAACGUAAGUGUUUAUUAAACAGACGUUGUUUGCAACAACUUAAUCAUAUUAGAACUGGGAUAUUGUUUUAUGUUUCCUUAAAACAUUGAAAUAACUUCAUAAGAGGUUAUGAAAUUUAACCUAGAGCACCAAAAAAUAAAACAUAUUUUCAUGACAGCCAAUGAUCAAAAUUUUAUGGGAAUACAGCAAGCUGUAGGGAAAACAAUGUAGAAAACCAAAUUUGACAUUACCAAAUUUUACAUUAAGACGUGAAGUAAACUUGACUUAUAACAAACAAACCAAAAAGUCAUUACUUGAAACAAAAGGUUUUGUUUAAGAUUAACUUACCUAUCUUUGUUCUAGUAAAGACCAAUAGUUAUCAUUUAAAAUACUAGUUUUUUUUUUUUUGCCAUGCCAAAUUCUUGAUAAUAAAAGUCAACCAAAGACUUUUCUAACUUAAAAAAUAAUUGUACAGUUUCGGCAUAAACAAACAAGUCAUUAGCUAAAUCUACAGUGCAACAAUUAGAAGCCUACUAAACUUCGGUUUUACCUGCUGGCGUGGGAUUUCAUCGUCUGACAUUAAACGCUGAUUAAAUAGACUAAUCAAGAAAGCCAGUAAUAUCACAAACAUUUAACAUCCUUCACUUGAAGAACUAUUUGAAGAAUAAUGCUGUUGUAAAACUAAAAACAUUUUGUAUGAUACAUCCCACCCACUUCAUCACAGAUACAAAAGGUCAGCUCGAUCAGGGCUCUCUUAAAGUUAGUAUUGAAAGACAUACAAAUUCUUAUGUUCCCCAGUCAGUACAAAUUUACCAGCAUCCUUUCCCUGUGACCAAAAUCACUAAUUAAAUCAUUAUUAUUGCUAAAGGAGUUCAUUUAAGGCUGAUUUAUUUGCUAGAGAAAUAUGCCUUUGGCAGAUGAAACGUUGUCGAGGAGUCCCCUUCAUUGUGGUCGCAGACAACAAUGUCAAGAGCCUAAAACUCUGUUUCUUUCUCUUAGUAGUAAGAAGUCAAAUAACCAUGAGUUCAGGUUCCUGAAAUAAUCACUGGCAUUUUUUUAAAAAACUAUGUGACUAAAAUUCCUAUCACCAAAUAUUAUAGUUACAGAACUCCUAGCGAAAAUAUAAAAAAAGAUGCCAAAAAAAUGCUUUCUGAAUUGAAUUGAAUAUUUAUAGAGCACUUGUAUCCAUGCUACUUUAGCACGCUCACAGCGCUCUGGUGUUCUUAAAUCUAUUUAAAUAAAUAAGUCUUUAAAUGUUUCUUAAAUGAUUUUUUAUCAUUUUCAAUUUCCCUUAAAGAUUGGGGCAAGCUGUUCCAUAAUUUUGGCGCUAUUGCUUCAAAAGAGCGCACUCACAAACAUUUGGGACUCUACAACAAACCACUUGAAAUCUUGCAUAUGCCGAUAAAAAAGUAUUUUCAGUUAGGGAUAAGAGGUAAAAAAAAUUCAAAUGCUUUUAUUGAAUUAGAAUUAGAAGAUGCAUCACUGCAAACAAACAGGGCUGGAAGUUAACAACCGAAAAACAAAAUACAUGACUAUGUUAAGAAAAGAACCAGACUUUUGAAAAAAUAACUCAAUUCAGAUAACUAGGAUCCUUAAUAAAUUAAAGAAAUGAAUUACCAGCAGGAUUAAUGAAAAGAAUAUCAGCUGGAAACAGGGCAUACCUUCAGUAGCAAAAAAAUACUAAAAAGUAAAAACAUUACACGAAAAACAAAGAAAACUAUGUAUAACUGUAAUGGGACCAGUUGUAAACUACGUAAGUGAAACUUAGAUACUAGCAAAAACAACAGAAAAUGUAUUAAACAAAUGUAAGAGAAAAGUUCACAGGGAAAUAAACGGACCAACAAAGGAUGAAUAUGGAUUGAGAAUAGGAACCAAACAGGAAUUAAAUAGACUAUGUCAGGAUCCCACACUAGAAGAAAUAAUAAUAAAGAAGGCUACUCUUAGCGGGACACUUAGAAGGAAUAUGCCAAAUGAAAUACUUAGAUCUAUGGAGAAUAUGGAAAAAGUUCUACAGCAACUUGGAAUCCAAGCAUGGAAAAGAAAAUCAGCAGUGAGAUUUCAGUAAAAAUAUUAUAAUAUUUCGCCUAUCACCACAAAUGUAUUAACCCCCACUCACAAAAUACACACAGCUUUAUUCUGUUUCCAAUAAUCUCUUAGUGGCUGAGUUCAAUUCUUGAUUAAAAGAUUACAAUUGGUCAUUCAGGUAACAAAAAAAGACACAGCAAAACUACAGUAUGUUAUCCGACUGUGACAAUACUGUUUAAAAUUACAUAUAGGAUGUGUAUGUGUAUUCAUGACCGAUUUAAUGUUUAUUAAAAUAUUUAAGCUGUUACUAUGGCUUUUAUAUAAAGAAAUUACAGGGACUCUGUAAAAGCCUUGGCAGGUGGCAUUUAUUAUAAUUUAAAUUAUCCAAGUUACUCGUGCUGAAAAGAAAGUAAGACUGUCAUGAUUUUAGAAGCUGUUAUAAUUAAUUACAUGUGAAUCAGAUUUAUUUUUUUUAAAUUUUAUAUCGUUUUCAUUUAUUUUAAACUUAACACCCUCUUUUCCUAUAUUAUUAGGACUGCAGUCUGUUUUACACUCAAAGAUUUUGUUUAAACUGUGCAGCUGAAAAUAUACAAGAAUUCCCCUUGGAGCUUCAGCUGGUAAUUCUUUAUAUUUUUAACACCAAAAAAAAUAACCUCCCAAAUAUUUGUUAAAACCCUUGUGCUGUACUUGGUAAGGUAUGAAUUUUUUAAAAAAUGUAUAAAUAAAUAUUUUUAAAUUGUAGUAGUUGGCUAUUUAAUGGAAAAUAUUAUGAAAGUAUAUUAAAUUUAAGGGAAAAUUGCUUUUAAAUAUGCCUAUUUAUUUAUAUCCAUAAUGAAGAACUUAGGAGGCAUCAUUGUUUCAUUGAGUAAAUUAAUAGGAAAUUAUAAAUAGCCAUAAAUAAAACUGGCAAAGGUCUGAGUGCAUGAGAAUUAUUAGCAAGUUAAGCUUAUCGCCACUGGAAAAAAUUUGACAGAAAACAAUACUAAGAAGACCAAGUCAAUUUUAGAUACAUGAGAACAAAUCUUUGGUGUUUACAUAUAAAAAUACAAUCAGACUAAUUUAUUGUACCUUUCCUUUGCUUUUACUAAUACAUCCUUUUUUAAAAUUCUUUUGCUUCAGGAAAUAACUCAAAAACUGAGAACAAAAGACAUUAGUUGAAAAAGGCAUUGAUGUUGAAAAUAUAUCCAGACCAGCAUGCAGUGCAAAGACCUUUUUAUACAACAUUGACCUUGCUACUAAAGUGAACAUUUCUUAACCCAAAUAAAAGACAAAUGAGUUUAUUAAAUCUCAGAGAUCAUCCACACUUAUUGGUCUUGUUAUAUGUGCCACCUCAAGAUUUCCUAGUGUAAAUCGCAUUAUUCCAGAUGAUUCAACACACCUUGUUGGGUUUAGGCUCUCUUUAUCUAUAAAAUAUUUUUGAACUGAACUUUGAACAGGUGGGAAACCUAUUUUCCAAAGCUGUCACAUUUGAGCAAAUGAGAAGUAAAAUUCAAAAUACUGCAUAAAAAAUGAUAGUCAGUUUGGACUACCUAGUAAUGAAUGGAAAUUAAAAUUUUAAAUACCGGUACCGUAAGAAGAUAUCACUGUUUCAUAUUUCAACAUCUAUUAAAAAUAUAAAAUCGGACACUUCAUUUGCUAUAAAAAAACUGCAAAAGUUGGGACUGAAGUUUAGAAAUCAAAGCACAUCCCUCUUCCUGUAAAAUCACAUUAAUAAAUCCUACUUUAUAAAAUGCUGAGAAUCAUCUUUGUUGAUCCAAACAUUUAACAUAUUUUUGUAAUUUUUAAAAAUGUUUAGAGAAUUCUUGUCAUGUAAAAUUAUACUUAUAUGGCCGUGACUGAAAAAUACCAUUCAGAUUCAAGACUGUUGUGCUGAGUCAGCAUAAAAUCCUCCAACCAAAAUUUCUCCAAAGACUAAAGACUUGGAGAUGUCAUGUUCAAAGUCAAAGCGAAAUAUAUCACUCAAGAACUCAAUUGCCAAUUUAUAUCAAAUUUUUUCAUAUAUUCAAAAGUGUUCAGGAUCUUUUACAUGAAUGUGAAAUUUUAAUCAUUAUAAAAAAAGUUUUAGUUGAAUGUUUUAGUUAUAUAUUUUUAAUGUACUAGUUUCUAGCAAAAUAGUUGGCCACGAUUCCAGGGUUCAUUUAUCUCGAAAAAUGCAUACGUAAGGACAACUCUUGUCAGUCAGUCUAAUUAGAGAUGGCUGCUUAAAAAAAAAGUGAAACUGACUUGGUCAAAGUGGUAGUGGUAUCUUAUACUUAUACUAAAAAUUAAUUGAUAGUCUUGUAUGCAUUCAUCCCUUAAAUUCAGAAAAAUUACAGACAUAUAUGGUGUGGUCUAAACAUUAAUGUUGGCCAAAAUGUGUUUUAAAUCAAAAUGUUAAUAGAGACCAACUGCUUACCCCCCUGUGUUUUACCAUAAAGAUGUGGAUAUCUAAAGGCAUGAAAUUUUUAUUUUUUUUCCCAGUAACCUUCCUAGAUAAAAUCUUAACUGCCAUUUUACCCAUACAAAUCCUUAGCUUAAGUAAAAUGGUAUUAAACCAUAAAUAAACAUACUUACAUAACCAUAAAAAAAAAACAUACACAAUAAAUUCAAUUAAACAUCGGUGAACGCUCCUUCUGCUUCCAUGGGCCCACGUUCUGGAACCAGCUCCCCUUCCAUAUACGUCAUAGUGAAACCUCGUCCAUUUUCAAAAAGUCCCUUAAAACUCAUCUGUUUAGGUCCGCCU